AUGAGAAAAAUAAAAAAGAGUGAAAAUGAUGGAAGGAAAAAUGGAGUUGUGAGGGAGGAGAGUAAGAAAAAAGGGAAAGAAGUUGUUAGGCCUCCUCUUGUGAAGAAUUUACCUUAUCCACAUGCUCCAUCAAAGAAAGAUAAGGAACGACAGUUUGCAAGGUUCCUUGAUAUAAUCAAGAGACUACAGAUCAACAUGCCCUUUUUAGAGGCCCUAGAACAGAUGCCAUCUUAUGCAAGAUUCAUGAAGGACCUUCUGACAAAGAAGAGAAAAUUGAGUGAGGAUGAAACAGUGGAUUUAGAGGAAGGUUGCAGUGCUAUAAUUCAAAGCAAUCUGAUUCCCUUAUCUAUGUUACAGAGGAUAGGUGAUGUGGAGGUGAAACCUACUAGGAUGACUCUGCAGCUGGCUGAUAGAUCUAUUAAGUAUCCUCAUGGUAUUGUUGAAGAUCUCUUGGUUAAGGUUGAUAAAUUUUUCUUUCCAGUUGAUUUUGUUGUUAUGGACAUGGAAGAGGAUUCUGAGGUUCCUCUCAUUCUGGGUCGGCCAUUCAUGAAGACAACUAAGGUCAUUAUAGAUGUUGAUGAUGGCAAACUCAAGGUCAGGGUGCAUGGUGAUGAGGUGAAUUUUAAUAUUUUUGAAGCUGUGAAACACCCAAAUGACAAGAAAGAUUGUUUUAGAGUGGAUGUGAUGGAUGAAGUGUGUUUGGAAGCUGAAAGAAAAUUUUCAUCAGCCACACCAGUAGAGAGGGCAUUAAAUUUUGAUAUGAAAGCUGUAGGUGAAAAGAGGAAGCUGCAACUUCAUGAACUUGAAGAAAUGCAUUUGCAGGCUUAUGAAUCCUCAAAAAUUUACAAGAGUAAGAUGAAGUCCUACCAUGACAAGAAAAUUGUGCAUAGAAACUUUCAACCAGGCCAACAAGUAUUGUUAUUCAAUUCUAGGUUGAGAUUAUUCCCUGGAAAGCUCAAGUCCAAAUGGUCAGGUCCCUUUUUGAUCAAAUCAGUCAAGCCUUAUGGGGCAGUGGAGUUGGAAGAGCCUAAUUCUGGAAGAUCCUGGAUGGUGAUUGGAUAA